AUGGAAUGUCUCAAGCAGAAUGGAGUUCACUCAUCCGACCACAAGCCAGAGGGCGAUCCAGCCUUUCAACAAUACUCAGAGCAGGCCAUGAAACUCAAACACAACUUCAGACAUCCACUCCUCAGGAAGUUCCCUGGCGAUCCAGCCGGUAUUUCCUGGCAAUGUCGCCUUGGCGGCGGAGUCGAUGGCUAUGUCUGGGAGGUGAAGUAUAGUAACCAAGGCCCAUUCGCAUUAGAGCUCUGGGAAAACGAACCCCCUCCUGCUGCCGCCGAGCAAACCACCGAAUCGAGCCCAUACGUACAUGCGGAACCGGCCACACAUGGCCGCCGAGAACAACGACUGAGAACGGUUUCUGGAAGCUUGUCAGUCGCUUCCAUUCCGCGCUUGCGGGACUGCUUUGGUUGGUCUAGGAUCAGCGGUCAAUUUCUUCGAGAUCUAGAGUAUAAAGGGAUGGCUCCGCCGAGUCUGGAUUUCAAGGAGGUCGGGCGUGAGAUACAGCCAGACCAAGAGUACUUCGCAAUUGUCUACGGGUCCAUCCUUGAAGGUGACAAUGAUCUUUCGGAGAUCGUGUUCCCCCGGCAUUCAGGAUGGAAUAUAUUCUAUGGCCGGAGAGAGGCAGAAAGACAGCUUGGGGACAGGGCCGCCAAACACGUUGAUUCCGCGAUGACCAAUCCAACGACCUAG